AUGGGAUCACCAAUGUGCGACCAUUGCAAUAUGACAAGUGCCAUUGCUCAUUCUUAUUCUUUAUCCUCUUAUUCUCCAAUUAUCUCGAUCCGUAUGAUGAAUUGCAUACUACUUUCUGUUUUAAUUUCCUUUGUAUACCUUAUCGUCUCCCUUUCCGUAUCAAUGCUUCAGCCUAAAGACACUAUUAAUGCCUACUUCUCAUCUUCUCAAAAUCAACCUCAGAGCCUUACAGAGAUAGAUCACAUUGUCUUUGGGAUUGGAUCGAGCUUGAACUCGUGGCCUGCACGUAGAGAUUAUGUUAAGCUUUGGUGGGAUACUCAGAGAAUGAGAGGGUGUGUCUUUGUUGAUAGUCCUUUGUCGUCUUUGGAGAACAAUACAGAUUCUCACCUUCUCCCUCCGAUUUGUGUUUCUGAAGAUACGUCACGGUUUAGAUACACUUGGGCAGGCGGUGACAGAAACGCGAUUCGGAUCGCGCGGUGCGUUUUAGAAACCGUAAGGAUGUUCAAUGCCUCCGCAGAUGAAGUAAGAUGGUACGUGUUUGGAGACGACGACACGAUAUUCAUCCCGGAGAUUCUGGCAAGAACGCUCUCUAAAUACGACCACAGAUCAUGGUACUACAUAGGAGCUACCUCAGAGAUUUAUCACCAGAACUGGUUGUUUGGAGACGACAUGGCAUUUGGCGGUGGAGGGGUCGCUUUAAGCAGCUCGUUGGCUAACGUCUUAGCUAAAAAUUUCGAUUCUUGUAUCGAACGGUAUCCACAUUUGUACGGAGGAGACGCUAGGAUUCAUGCUUGUGUGCUUGAGCUUGGAGUUGGAUUGUCUCACGAACCUGGCUUCCAUCAGUUUGAUGUAAAUGGAAAUGCAUUGGGAAUAUUGACAUCACAUCCAACGAGACCGUUGGUGUCUCUACACCACAUGUCUCACAUUGACCCACUUCUCCCAAACUCAACUACUUUCUCCGCCAUCCAACACCUCUUCGCAGCCGUAGAACUUGAUCCUCUCCGUAUAUUUCAACUCUCGGUUUGCUACGACCGUCGGUACUCUUGGACCAUCUCUGUGUCCUGGGGAUAUACUGUUCAGAUUGAGAGUGGGCAUAUGUUUCUUCGUGAUGUUUUGCGAACACAACAAACGUUCCGACCAUGGCAAAAUUUCGGCGGGUUAGCAAGUGUGUACACAUUCAACACAAGAGAGUUUAAUCCUGAUCCUUGCAAAAGACCUGUCACUUUCUUCAUGGAACAUGUUUCUUCUAGUACUCCCGAUGAUGGAACUAUUAAAAGUGUGUAUAAGCAAGCUUACGAGAAUUGCACGUAUGAUCCCAUUUCAUCGCCUCGCAAAAUUGAAGAGAUUAGAGUGUUCUCGACAAGAUUCGAUCCCGAUAUCAGAAAAUUGAAGGCUCCCAGAAGACAGUGUUGUGAUAUUUUACCUACUUCUUCGACCGAUGGAAAAGAUCCUCCGCUGAGGUGUCCGCCAUCACGAGUUCGAGACCCGGCCACGGAAUGA